UUUUGUCUGAAGGUCGAAUGCCACAGUCCAGGUGUAAUGCUAAAUUAACUGUGUCGGUCAGUUGUAGUUUAACAUUCUGAAUCAUGGCAUCUGCAGCUUUGUAUUCAUUUGAAAUGAAAUAUUCUGCCUUUUCGCGACCUAUAUUUCCAUCGUUAUCAUCAAGAUGUUAGCAGUCGGCAUGUGGACAUCGAAAUACCGUAUUCAAAACAAGGUAUUUGCCAACCAUGAAGACUUAGCCUUAGCCCGAGACGACAGUGAUAAACUCAAACCUAUUUAUGAUGAUCAAAAUGUAGAAAGACUUAAAAGAUGCCAUGUAAACGAUCUUGAAAACAUCGUUCCUUUCAUCGCAUUGGGCUUGCUUUACAUAGCAACAGAGCCUACCUUCAAUGCAGCUUCGCUUCUCUUCCGGGCAUUCGCAUUCUCUCGAGUCUUCCACACCGUAGCCUACCUCUCACCCCUCCCGCAACCCUCCCGCCUGCUAGCUCAUGUCAUUGGGAUCAUCGUCAACGUUUCCAUGGCUGUUUGCAUCAUCAGUAAAGGACAGUUGUAAUGCUUAUAAAAAUAUGUAAUACCUCAGUCACACUGCCGAACUGUCUCCAACCUGACU